AUCCACUGGAGUUAUCUACGGCCACCGUCUCCCGGCCUCCGUUUCUCCUUCCAGAAAGAGUUGGACCCGCGCGCAGCGGGAAGCACAGCCGUUCUCCAAUCAGACACCGCUUGGCUGGCGCCACGCCUGCGACCUGGUCCAAUCUCGUCCCUUAGAGGGCGGAAACGCGAAGUUCCUACCUGCACCUGUAGCAGCGGUGGCCGCCUCCCGGGUUAUCCCACCCCUUCGCCGGCUGGGGUUCAGGUUUCUCCUAUCACUUGGCGAAUGACCAGCAGGUGGGCAGAUGUCUUUUCCCGAGUGGCCUGACGCGUAGGAAGAGUCAGAGCAUCAAAGUGAGCAGCUGAGAUCCCAUUUCUUGGCGGCUCCCAGGCGGCACUGGCAAGGAAGAGGGACACUCCCCAGAGUGAACAGCUACUAACUGAGAGUGCAGCCCUGGGUAUUCACCUGGGGCAGCAAGACUAGUCCCUCCGGCUGGAGCCCACCACACCACUGCAGCCCGCAGAAGUUGGAGAUCUCCAGCAGCAAUCGGCUUAGCCAGGCUGCUAGCAUACCCUCCAGAAAGAAGCCGACCUCUCCAGCACCGCGCGGAGGGACGUCACACCAGCUUCCAGGUUGUCCCGAGCGCACCCCUUUCGCGUUCUCGCUGGCCAGCGGGGUGCAGAUCAGCAGGGUGUUGUGCAGCGCAGACCGCUGCCUGGGACCCCACCCGGCUGCCUGGUAGGGUGAAGCAGAGAAGGAGCAGAGGGGACGCCGGAGACCACCAAGACAGAGAGACCCCUGCGACCAAGGCCCCUACCCACGUGCGGUCUCCGAGGCCCUUCAGCGGUGGGGCAUGGCCGACAGCAGCUCCACAAGCAGCUCUGGCCCUUGGUGGAAAUCGCUGGGGAACAGCGGGAAGAAAAGCAAGGGCGCUACAGUGGGGAUGCAGCCUCCAGCCCAAGCUGCCCCCGGGGAGUCCGCACCGCCAGCACUGCAGAGCCCGGACUGGACAAACAGCUCCCAGGAGAAUCAACACCCCAAUCUCCUCUCAAGCACCGGCGAGCCCCACAAGCCAGACAAGUUCUGCGUGGAGAAAUCGGGCCACAGCCGCCGCAAUUUGAAGAUCUCGCGCUCUGGGCGCUUUAAGGAGAAAAGGAAAGUUCGCGCCACUCUGCUCCCGGAGGGAGUCAGGUCCCAGGAGGAGGCCGGCUUCCCUGGUGACCCCCAGGACGACAAACAGUAGCCAGAGCUAACUGUCUCUCUUCCCAGCAUGCCUCCUCAACCCCCAGUUCUAAACCCAAGAACUGGGGCCUGUCCCUGCAGGAGGUGUCUCAUCCCACCAGAUUCAGAAUACCCACCCAAGGCCUCUGUGAUCCCAUUUUCCUGGAAAUGGAAGUGUCCCUUGAGUUGAUAGUAUUUCAUGACUCAAGGAUGCAUGAAAUAUUUAUUCGAGGUAAGAGAAGACACCUGCCACAGAGAAAGCUGGCAUAAUUAUUAUCUUCAAAAAGCUCUUCUGUGGCCUCCACUCCUUGCAGCACCUGUGGGAGUGAGAGAGGUGCUUCUCUAAGAGAUGGCAGCUCCCCUGGAUUGGGGCAGCCCCCCCAGAGGAAGCCAGGCCCUAACAUCACAGUGCUGUGUUUAAUGCCUGAAAAGUGCACUUUAGAAAUACUGCUGUAGACUCCCACCUUGAGGGAGGGCGUGGGAGGGAGCUGGAAACAGUCUAAGUAGAAGCGUGUGAAGUCAGGCAAGAUUGCGUUUAAUGUUGACCUACAAAACUACCCUGCCUGUUUUAGUGUGGACUAUUAAAAGUGUUGCACCGUGAGACUUAA